AUGACUGAGCUUUCUUACCAUUCCUCAGACAAGGGCAGUCGCGAGCUCUCGGCGACGGACGUGAAACAGCAUGAGAAGAAAGACGUGUCCGACAGCUACAGCGACGGCUUUGAGAGCGCCUCAUCGAGGGAGCCCUCGCGCGCGUCUAGUGCGUCGAAGGGCAGCGGCCGCGGCGGCAAGGGGCCCGCGGCCGUGGGUCUGGCUGCACAUGUCCGAGCGGACGAGGUGGACGGCGGCGAGGGCAGUGCGAGCUCCAGGAGCACGAGCACGAGCCGCAAACAUGAGGCCUGUGACAAGCACGAGGAGGCACUUGCUCUCUUAGAAAGGGAAAAUCACUCCGACAGAGACGCCUCCGAAUCGGUGUCGAGGAUGUCGAGCGUGAGCGGGGACAAUGCGGCCUCGAGGAGCACCUCGGGAAAGAUUGACAGUUUGAUUCAGCGUCUCAAAAAUCAAGGGCAUGCACCGAAUGAAAAGGUGCAGGAAGAGGGGAAGUCGACCUCGCCCUCGCCCUCUAAAAGGCCUCAGGGGGAGGCGGCCGGGGCUGGCCGCGGCGGUGAAUCAAUGGCUGUGCAAACAGCGGAGGACCUCUCUAACCUGCUCGCGCAGAAUGAUGAGCUUCGCAUGCGGGUGCUAGAGAAUGGUCGUGCAGGGAAAUACUCCGGCGGACACAAAAGGAGUGCGAAGAGCGGUAAAGACAGGUCCCCGCAUGGACGUCUGCAGCUGCGAAAGACAACCGCAGCGGUUCAACAGGCGCUGCGUCGCGAGCAGGCCCGCCAAGAGCUGCGCGGAGAGCGGGAGUAUUUGGUGUCGCUGCGCAAUCAGCUACGCAAGAAGGUCUUGGCAAAGAAGCGACUACACGCCUAUUUUUCUCUCAUUGAAGAUUGCAAGGCCGAUAUCUCGAGGCUCACGGAGGAGAAGCGCGCAUUGUCACUGGCGAUUCGCCAGAAUGAGAGGGUGCUGCUGAACAACGAGGUGGGGCAGGCCUCGGAGAUGGCGCUCAAGCGACUCAAGGAGGAGAUGCGGGCUGAGACGGUGCUGACGCGGCGUUCCCUGGAAAAGGCCCAGCGCGACGCAACCGAGGCGGUGAAGAUGCACCACGACGCGGAACUUCGCGUGCAGAAAUUAGAGGAGCAGCUGGAGGGGGCGAACAAAAAGGAGGAGGAGGCGACGGAAAACUAUGACCCGGAGGUGCGUGAGCUUAUCGAGGAAAACCAAAGGAAGGCCCAGAAAAUUCAGCUGCUGCGGCGGGAACUGCGCCAACUGAAAUCAAAGCCGCCGAACUCUGCGCAUCACGGCGCCAAGGAGGCGAGUAGGAGGGACGCCGAAAAAGAGAGAGUCUACCUUGUCAAGCGCAUACAACGGUUGCGAAAAGAGUUGGAGGAGUUGUCAGCGAAGGUCAAGCAACAAAAGGUGCACGAGGAGCUGAGGCGAAGUGAGGCCCUGUUGUCAAAUGAGGAUAGCCACACCGAUUUACAAAAUGUUGAUUCAGCGCAGAAGCGUCACUCCAGUGGGGCAGAUGCCCCUCCGAACGUCGAGGAAGGCGGCGACAAGGGGCGGGAAUUGACAUCGGGGAAAAGAACUACCUUGAUGUCACAAAACUCCUGGGCACCGAGUACCAGCACAUUGAGUGAGUCCAAGGGAGAUUCGAUCGACAAGACCAUUGAGGAACUUAGGCACCGCGUGGAACAGGGGCGAGCCAGUGCUGAAACACUGACAACCGAGCGACGCAGUUCUGUAUCAUCGACGCACAUCCCGGGCAAGCCUGCCUCAGACCACACCCUCAUACAUGAGGCGGGGCACUCUUUACGUGGCACACCCGUGGAGCCGGAAUUCCUUCAGGGUGAGAAUGAUGCGGUGUUGGAGGUCAAACAUGAAGCCGAAUUGGACGCACCAACGUCGGAGGAGGAAAUCAAGCAUGAAGCUCGAAAAGAGCUUUCAACGUCAGAGAAGGAAGUCAAGCAUGAUGUCGAGUUGGAACCACCAACGCCAGAGAAGUCAGAAGAAAAAGAAGUACAAGAUAAGAAUGACAGCCACGCAGUUGCGUCGUGGUUUGAUGACGAUGAUGCCAGGACUGGGGAUACUCCAGAGAAGGAGGUUUUGAAACCCGCUGUUGCAGCCGGUCUGCACCUGGCUGAGCAGCCUGACGCCAAGGAAGGCGACGUCACGGAAAAUGCCCCGGCAGAAGUACAGGACAGUACUGACAAGAAUGCUGGCAUGGGGGCGGAAGCCGCGGCUGAAGAAGACCGUGUAGAGACAGGGCUCGCCGAGGAGGAAGUUGCCGCUGGAAAUGGGGCGGGUGCAAAGUUAGAUGCUGUCGUCUCUCCUCCGGCGCCUACGGACGAACCUUCGUGGCUCGACUUUGACUAA